AUGGAUGUUUCGUUAGGGAAGCAGGGUAACAUUCGUGGAUCUGCGAUCACGAUCAUUCCUUAUGAAAACGACUUAUUUGUCGAUGCACCCAAACCGGAUUUACAUAAACCUGUUUGGGAUCCCGUCCCGAUCGAAGAACUUCGACGUGAAAUAAAGGAGACAGGUCGGCUAUUCGUGCGGAACUUAGCAUAUGACUGCACGGAAGCAGAGUUGCUGGACCUCUUCUCUUCAUGUGGCACCGUGAGUGAGAUUCAUCUGAGUUUUGAUGUGCGGUUGCAGCGUGGCAAGGGUUUCGCCUUUGUAACGUACCUGUUUCCGGAUGAGGCGUUGGUGGCCUUCAAUAAAUUGGACAAGUCCAAAUUUAAGAAUCGUUUGCUGCACAUUUUGCCGGGAAGACCGAGGGAAGUGGAGGAGGCGGGGGAUGUGGAGAGAGGUGGUGGAGGCGAGAGGAGGGUGGAGGAAGGUGAGUGUGCGAAUGAGGUGGACGAGGCAAUAAUGUCGGAGUUUCAGAAGAAGCGGCAGUCUGAGUUGAAGUCGAUGGCCUCGGUCAGUCACAACUGGAAUACGCUGUUUGUCAGUGCGGAUGCGGUGGCCACCUACUUGUCGGCGCGGUUUGGCGUCUCGAAGGAGCGGCUUCUGGACGCCACCAGUAAGGAGUCGGCGGCUGUGCGAAUAGCACAUGGGGAAGCGCAAGUGGUGCACGAAAUUCGGGAUUUUCUGCAGCGUCACGGUGUACGUCUUGAGCUUCUGAGUCCUGCGUCAGGUUAUGAGGGUCGGAGGGAUAAAGCGGAGUCGCAGGCGGCAUCAACACAUCGUCAAGUAUCGGGUAGUGUGUUUUUGAUAAAGAACUUGCCUGUGGGAACGAAAGAAGAGGAGGUGGCGAGUCUUGUGCACCAGCGAACGUUGAAGGGUGCGCAUUCGUUGGAUCCGCCACGAAGGAUAUUGGUGCCGCCGCUGGGAAUAACGGCAAUUGUGGAGUAUGCAAUGCCUCAAAUUGCGCGGUUGGCGUACAAGGCGCUUGCCUAUGAGCCGUACAAGGGCAACAUCCUCUAUGUGCAGUGGGCUCCAGAAGGAAUUCUUUCACCACCAGAAAGCCGGCUUGGAGAUGAGGACGAAGAGCGUGGAAAGGAGAGACUGCGGAGCGCGUCUGACGUGUCCUCUCAUGAAGAUGUGAAAGCGAAAUUUGUCGAUCUUAUUGAUGCGGAUAAGGUUGAUGAACCAAACAACUUUGAUGUGGAUAUUAUGAAUGAGGAUGAUUUCAGCUGCAGCAAGAAAUUGAAGCGGACUGAAGGUAGUGGUGGUGGAGGUGAGGAUAAAGAAGAGUUUUCAAUUGUCCGAAAUCCGGCUGAAGUAGAGGUGUCGGCAUCAUCGUCAUUGGCACUCGAGGGGCCUCACUUGACGUCACAAAGGAAGCCGAUGGAGGUGGAGGAGCAUGGGCGAGUGGUUUUGGUGCGAAACGUGGCCUUUCAGGCCAACCAGAGUGAGGUGACCGCUCUCUUCAAACCCAUCGGUGGGUUGGUCAAGGUGCGGAUGCCUCUAAAGCCCUCCGGUGGUCAUCGUGGUUUCGCUUUCGUGGAAUUUGCUACCGAAGAUCAGGCUAAGGUGCGUCGGAAGGCUUACACACGAAGGAACGUUUUUCGCUCCUCAUCCUCUCAUGAGGAGUGCGAUGGAGACGUUUGGGGUGAACACACAUUUGAUGGGACGGCGGUUGAAUAUGGAGUACGCGAGUGCCUGCGACUUUGUACAAAAGUGGUGUAUUUUGACUCCGAAUUUGUGGUUGUUUCCUCCUUCUCCUGUGCGGCUGUUUCCGUUGUGAGGGAUGAGGAAUGA